AUGGAUGAAAUCGACACAGGUACACCUGAUGUUAUAGGAGGAAGAGGAGUUCAGAGUGGCCUCGCCUUUGCCAACUUCGAGCUCCACAAGUUCUCGUACUUAAACAUCACAAGUCUUGGUACUGAUUAUGUCCUCGAUGGAGAAGAAUGUGGCUUUGCAUGUGUUAGCCUGCCGUCAUGUUUCUCCUAUAACCUGGCUGCAUUUUAUGACAUCAACGGAAGAAUCUCAUGUGAACUACUCCCAUCGGACAAGUACAACAACACGGACAAGUUUGUCAGCAUCCAAUCUUUCCAUCACUUCAGUAUUGUGUCUCCAUGUAUGAGUGGACCAUGCCAGAAUGGUGGAUCUUGCUUGUCAAUUUAUGAAAAGAACAGCUAUCUGUGCCUUUGUGUGAAAGGAUUCACAGGAAGUACUUGUCAAACAGAUAUCGAUGACUGUGCAAGUCAUCCCUGUAAGAACAACGGGAUCUGCACAGACCGAGUGAACGGAUUCAACUGCAGCUGCGCACCAGGAUUUGAUGGAACACAAUGCGAAACAAAUGUCGAUGACUGCGCAAGUCAUCCCUGUAAGAACAACGGGACCUGCGCAGACCGAGUGAACGGAUUCAACUGCAGCUGCGCACCAGGCUUUAAUGGAACACAAUGCGAAACAAGUAAGUAUUAGUAUUUCUAGUUAAUAGGACUGCAAUGCGUUCAGUUUAUUAACAGCCAAUCCUAUUUAACCUCUUAACAUAACACGUUCCAGAAAAAAAGGGUUUGAAUAGAUAAAGUCAGAAAAAGAA